GAGAUGCGCGCGCAAUUAUUAUUCCAUGUUUCUAAACAUGGCAGGACGUAGUGGAUUUGACGAUGGUAAUCCCAGGGACUUUGGAGGCGGUAGAAGGAAUCUUGGCGGGCGUCCGCUACCUACCGAGCCUCCUUACAAGGCGUAUGUUGGAAACCUACCCUCUGGCCUUAUCCAGGGUGAUAUUAACAGAAUUUUUCCCAAUCUGUCCAUCAAAAAUGUUCGGCUUGUUAUGGACAAAGAAACAGAUAAAUUCAAAGGAUUUUGUUACGUUGAAUUUGAAGACUUGGAUGAUUUGGUUAAAGCAAUUGAAAUGAAUGGUGUACUAAUUGUAGAUGGUAAUCUUGUAAAAAUUGAUGUGGCCGAAGAGAAAAGAAAUGACAGAGGAGGUGGUUUCGACCGCGGGCGGCGCGACGGUCGCGACGGCGGGCGCGACGGGCGCGGGGGGUUCCGGCGGGAAGGAGGCGGUGCGGGGGGCGGCGGCGGCGGGGGGCGUGAGCGAGAGCGAGGCGGGUCCUCGGGCAGUGGUGGUGAGCGGUGGGGCGCCGGCGGUGGUGGGGGUGGGGGUGGGGGUGGCGGCGAGCGUGGCCGCGGCGGGGAGGAGCCGCGCGGCGAUUGGGGCCGUAUGGGCGCUCGUGGGCCUGCAGCUCCCCCGCCUGCCAAGCCGCGUCGCCAGUUUGACGACAUGCCGCCUGCAAGACCCGACACGACGGGCAGACCAAAGCUGCAGCUGCAGCCGAGGACGGUGAAGGAGCCGGUGAACUCGCUGGCCUCCACCAGCCAGGCCUCCUCGAUAUUUGGCGGCGCGCGGCCGCGGGAGGAGCGGCUCAAGGAGCUGGCCGGAGAGUAACUGCCUCGCCCGGCACUGACUCUCCCGCCUCUCCCGCCUCGCACCGCGCUCCACUCACCCCUCGUGUAUAUGAUUCGUUACGACGCUCGCUAAUCAUCGUCUACCUCCAGUACGCAGCGCACGCGCACGCGCACGCGCACGCGGUAUUGAAGGCUCUUUGUUAGGUUGUAAAUGAUUAUCGUAUUUGUAUUUUGUUAGCUUUAUUGUGUCUUUGAUAUAUUCUCCUUGAGUGCUUUUCAAGUGAACGUCGAAAUUUUCGAUGUCAAAUGCUAGUGUUCUUUUUAUCAAUUCAGCUUUGAGCGGAUUCGGUUUUAUUGCGUUCCAAAAUAUAUACUUAUUUACAUUUCGUUUAUUCUAUGUGGUGAAUACAUAAUUAUUUUUUAUCUACACUACCUUCGUGGCUAUCGAAGAGUUCUCUGUUUGAUUCUCUGUUGUAAUAAAAUAUUUUUUUAUUUUGUUCCUUAGGUCGUGAAAAAUUAAACAUUGAUUAAGUGAUUUAUAAAUGAAUACUUUUUAAGAGUUGAGAAUAUGAUGUAAUUAUUGUGUCAUUAAUAAAUUUAACUUCCACGUACUUGUAUUUCUACU